GAGACUUGUCAGACUAUGGACCGGCUGAUGGACCACAUCCGCUAUAUCACACGAUAUACAAAAUUCGACAUGAAGAAAAGAAGCUGGGACGGCAAGGCAAUACAGACAAGUCGUGAAGUCCUCGAAGAAAGCUUCAGGAAGCAAGGAUUUAGUCCUCCUAGGGCAUGCUCAAGGCCCCUUGUGUUUUUAGACCCUUGGAAUUCUUCAAUCUACAAGUCUACGGUGGCUGCCCUUGCGGACGAGGAAUCUUUCGCAGAGAAAUGUCGUCGGUAUCCUCAACACUACAAUGAGGCGGAGUACAGGAGGUUUUUGGAGGCAAACAAACCGCGUACUUUAGAUGCUUGGAAAUUGAGGGACGCUCAUCCACUUUGUACACCAGUGAUUGUGCAGAAGGAUCCAAGCAGUGACAUUCCUGACAUUACUAAUGUGACCCACUUCCUACUCGAACCUGAUAUGACUCUCCCAGAAUUUGCUGAUUGCAUUCGGUCAUUUCUUUCUGACUUUGAACCAGAAUGGCCUAUCUAUGUCUAUUUCAAGAACACAGUCCCCGAAACUGGAGCCUUGAUGUCUGCUAUCGAUGAGAAAAACAAGGACGAUGAUGGAUUUCUUCGCGUGACCUACAGUGCAGAUUGGAAAAAGGAAGGAGUAGUCUUUCGAUCCGGUGAUAUACCAAGGAUUAAAGAGUUAGACGGUAGGAAUGCUUUAAAACGCUCAUUUGAUGAGAAGCUUGGAAUUUUCAAUGAUUUUACAAAGGGUACUUUGGAGGUGCUGGAACGGCGUAUUUCAGAUGCUAAGAAAAUGAGGCAGUGGUAUCCGUCUCAUGUACCGGUGAUUGUGGAGAAGGAUGGAAGCAGUGGCCUUCCUGAACUUGAUGCAAAGAAAUACCAAGUCCACGGUGAUGUCACUCUUGAGGAGUUUGUUGGGUAUCUUCAGACAAAGGUUGCAUCUAAAGAUCCUUUGUUUGUCUAUUUCAAGAACACUGAACAUCCCAAUGGAACCUUGAUGUCUGCGAUUGAUGAGAAAAACAGGGAUGAAGACGGAUUUCUUCGCAUGACCUACUGUGGAACAAGAGAGAGGCUGGACGCAUUGAAGAUCUCUGGGUCAGUGGUCUGAUGACUCUGGGCUGCUUAGAUAUUAUGUUGAGAUGAAUGGCGUGGAUCGUUGAAUUGUUUUAACACUACUAUUGACUCUGCUUAGAUAUGAUAUGGUUUUAAGACUUCAAACAAAAAAAAAAAACUUGCUCUUCAGAUCAAGGGCAUCGCAUUGGACUUUCAAUGCAAUGCCCGAAACUUUUUUUAUUAGCUAGAACUUGAUUGUACUGGGUUCGAUCAGUGUUCGGAUUUUGCAAAAACUUUAGUGGUGUUUGGAUA